AUGGAGCUGGAGCUGAUAGCUGGAGCUCAUCGGCGCUCUCCCCGAGUUGGUUUUGAACUUUCAGAUUGCCUCACCACUAGCUACUUUCAGUGGGACACUGGAUUCUAUGAACAGAAGGAUGGAGUGGCCAUGGGGAGCCCUCUCAGCCCAGUAGUAGCAAAUUUCUAUAUGGAAUACUUUGAAAAACAGGCCCUAGAAACAGCACCAAAAAAGCCAACUGUUUGGUUCAGAUACGUAGAUGACACCUUCACAAUUUGGAGCCAUGGAGAGGAAGAACUCAGCAAGUUCCUGGACCAUCUUAACAGCAUCCACCCAAACAUCCAAUUCACCAUGGAAAAAGAAAAGGAAGGAAAACUGCCAUUUCUAGAUGUUCUGGUCAUCCGCAAACCCAAUCAACAAUUGGGCCACACAGUUUACAGAAAACCUACACAUACAGAUAGAUACCUUCAUAAAAACUCCAACCAUCACCCAAGUCAAAAAAGGAGCACAAUCAAAGCCCUGACAGACCGUGCACAAAGAAUCUGCGAACCUCACCUCCUCCAAGGUGAACUCAACCACCUAAACUGGGCUCUACAGGCCAAUGGAUACUCCACCACAGACAUCAGAAGAGCUGCAAGGCCAAGAACAAGCCAUGAGAGUCAAGACAAAGAUCCACCCAGAGGAAAGGUGUUCUUACCAUACAUCAAGGGAACUACUGACCGCAUAGGGAAGCUGAUGAAGAAGCACAACCUACAAACUAUCUACAGACCCACGAAGAAAAUCCAACAAAUGCUACGGUCAGCGAAGGACAAGAGGGAUCCUCUCUCUUCUGCAGGAGUCUACCGGAUACCAUGCAGCUGUGGACAAGUCUACAUAGGGACCACCAAACGCAGCGCCCAAACAAGAGUCAAAGAACAUGAAAGGCACUGCAGACUAAUUCAACCAGAGAAAUCAGCCAUAGCAGAGCAUUUGAUGAACCAGCCUGGACACAGAAUACUAUUUGAGAACACAAAAAUGCUGGACCAUUCUAACAACUAUCAUGUCAGACUACACAGAGAAGCCAUUGAAAUCCACAAGCAUGUGGACAACUUCAACAGAAAGGAAGAAACCAUGAAAAUGAACAAAAUCUGGCUACCAGUAUUACAAAACUCCAAAAUCAAAACAGUAGAUGGGAACCAACACAAUGAGGACUUGACUGAACAAAGGAUGCCCCCAGGCAAGGGACAAAACAUUUCCAGUGCCAAUUAGGGUGAUUAACUGAAACAUUAAUGCUGGCUCCCAGUGACAAAGAACUCUUGCCACACCUUGGA